AUGGAUAUGAGUUCACUCGGAAAGGCCUCUCGCGGCCAUGUAAUUGAUGAAAGUGAUGAAAGUACCCAACUUCAAGCGAUAAAGUCAGAUACACACACCGCUCCUCCGGCCGAGUCACAGGAUAUGCGUCUCGAGAUCGAUUCGUCUCAAUUGCACAACGCUCAUCGAACACAAUACAAGAUUGUUGCCUCUUCAAACAAAAAUAGCAAGUCCCAACCCAUAUUACAAUCUCUGAGAGACUGGGGCUGGGAAGUUAGUGGAAUCUUUGCAUCCGCUAUUAUGAUUGUUACUAUCGUCGUCAUCCUUGGAAAAUUCAAUGGGCGUCCACAAGAUGCUUGGAAGUUGAAGUAUAUAUCGCUUCAUUCUGUGAUUUCUUGGUUGAGCACCCUUGCCAGCGGGCUUGUGAUGUUCUCCAUUAGCCAAGGUAUUGGUCAAUUAAAAUGGUUGUGGUUAUCAAAGCAUAGUCGGCCAUUAUCGGAUCUCGCUGCAUUUGAUUCUGCGAGCAGAGGGGCUACUGGGAGCGUGAUUCUUCCAUGGGUUGUGAAGGGACAGAAUAUGGUAGCCUUGCUUGCCUGUCUGGCUACGGUGCUAGCCAUAGGUUUUGAUCCUUUCAUCCAGAAUUUAGUGCACUAUGUUCCAGGUAACAUUGAUAGCCCUUCUGAGACCUCAUUGCUCUCCGGCACAUCAAUAUAUAAUACAGUUGGACCGCUGAUGGGCGGCGAUCUGAUUUUCGUGGAUCCGAUUUUGAAGGCAAACGUGUUUAACUCGUUGUUCAAUACCGAUCCAUCCCAGCCAUGGGCAGAGCCACAAUACACAUGCCCAACUGGAAAUUGCACUUGGGAUCCAAUAGCAACUCUCGAGAUUCGUGCAUUUUGCCACAAUGUCACGUCAAACUUGACCACGACAUGCAGAGUCCUAUCAGAUACUACCAACUGCACUGUCACGCUGCAUAGCGGUACAUUAUUAUUCUAUUUAACUACCGGUGGCGAAGCCCAGCCAAUGGUAGUUGAGACAUUACAAACUGAGGGCCUCUACGCCAACCCGGACACUUUCUAUAGGAAUAGCUCUUUCCCUGUUAUACAGUAUAUUCUGGCAAUGGGGUCAAAUGACGAUCCACUCACGGGUGGCGGAAUUGCGACCGAAAUUGGGAAUACGACACAGUUUGUGGCCACAGACUUCACAUAUGAUUCUCUCCAGCCUCCUUGGAACGAGACUUUGGGAAUAAAAGGAAGUCAAACCUUUGGUGUAGGCCGCGAGGCGUGGGAUUCGCUGUGGACUUUCUUUAACUCAAUAUUCGCAGGCUAUGUCAUGGCGGGCUCCGAUGACCUUGGAUUCAUGGCAUCGAGCUCGGGAGGCACAUAUGCUAUUAUGGAUUCACUGGAAGCCAUCUUCUAUGGUAACUUUACAGGUAAAAUUUGUCAGGAUGCCGACCAACUGUCUUGCGCUAUAAAGAAUGUCGCUGCGGCAAUGUCCAAGACUAUUAGGGAUUCUGCAUUUACCUAUAGUGCCGAAUAUCAACCCUAUGCUGACAAUGGCCUUGGCACCAACUCAACAAGCAUUGUUGGGAGAACGCUAAUCACUGCCUCGUUUGUGGAAGUUCACUGGGAGUGGCUCACUUUGCCAAUCAUUGUCUGGGUUCUUGGAGCACUUUCUUGUUUUUGUACCGCUUGGAUGACCCACAAGAGUCAUAUGAAGGCUUGGAUGAAUCAGAUCUUUCCGUUGGUCUUUCUUCGUUCCUACCGCGACAACACAGUGAAUUUUGAAGGUGGUGGCGAUGAAGCGUUUGAAGAGGUGACUGGAGAACAAGACGGGACAUACGGUCAUGUUUUGACUGAUUAUAGCCUUGUAGCGGGUACAAGCUUGCGCUAG